AUUGCAUAAUAUGUCUACACCACUUCCUAAAAACGUACCUGCAGAAGCUCCUCUUCGCGUCAAUACGUUGCGUAUCUUGGGUACCAACGCUACACGUCACUCUUUCCUCAACAGUGUCACUGGUACUAUCUUCACUGCCAAUACAACAGAAGAAGUGAUGCGUCAAGUACAAGCAGUUGCUAGUCAGCUACAGAACCAUGACGUUUUCGAGGAAAUCAAAAUUUACCUCGACACAAACCAUGAAACUGCCGAUACAGUGGAUGUCACACUUCAUUUAAAAGAAAAAGAUAAAGGAUUGUUUCAAACCAAUAUCAAUGUUGGUAACAAUCAAGCAGAACUCAACGGUGGUGUUGGUUUAAGAAAUGUGUUUGGUGGUGCUGAAUCUCUAUUGGCUAGUUUUGCAUUUGGUAAUCGUACAAGAGCUGCUGUUGAAGGUGCUUUUGAAACACCUUUCCGCGGCAAUGCCAAUACUAAAGUGGGUGUGUUUAUCAAUGGAUCCAUUCGUGACCAUUCUCAAAUCAAUGCAUUCAAAGAGACAACCAAAGCUACAGGUGUUCGAUUCAAGGGAUUGUCAAGCUAUGGUCGACAUGAAGUUGCUUAUGCUAUUACACACCGUGAUGUAUUGGCUUUGUCUCACGCUUCUAGUUUUGUUCGCACGCAGUCAGGCGAUAACAAGAAACACUCUGUUUUCCACUCGUUUGUUCGUGAUCGACGUGACAACUUGAUUCUUCCUACUCAAGGUCAUUAUCUCGGUAUUUUCCAAGAAUUAGCAGGACUCGGUGACCAAGGCGAUGCUCAAUUCGUCAAGCAUGAAUUGAACGCCUCUGUUCAUCAACCUUUGAACGAGCAUGUUGUCUUUAGUACCUCUAUUCGCGCUGGUUUGAUUUCUUCUGUGGGCGAUAAACAAGCAUUGACGGUCUCAGAUCGUUUCUACUUAGGCGGUCCCUUAAGCGUUCGAGGUUUCAAGAUGGGCGGCAUUGGCGAAAGAGAAGGCAAUGAUGCCGUUGGCGGUGAAGCUUAUUGGGCUGCAGGAGCUAGUUUGAUUGCUCGUUUGCCUAAUGUGGAUCAUGUUAAGUUGCAUGCCUUUGCUAAUGCCGGUAGUUUAGCUACACAUACGCAAGGUGUUCCUUUAGGCGAUACCAUAAAGCAUUUGAGUGAAACACCUCGUACUUCUGUUGGCUUCGGUCUGAUCUUUCAUCAUCCCGUUGCUCGUGUUGAAGCUAAUUAUUGUAUACCUUUGAAAUACAAUGCCACUGAUUUGCCUCAACCCAAACUUCAAUUUGGUUUUGGUGUCAAUUUCUUGUAGACUGUAAAAUAAUAAUAAAAAAAACAUUGGAUAGCCGAACACCCUAAAAAAGGUCUAAAGAAAAAAAUAAAAAAAAAAGGGGGAGGAGAAGAACAAAACAAUAUAUAAAUGCUCCUAUUCACUCCUGAUCGUUUUUUCUCUUUGGUUGUCUAUUAAAAA